GGCACGCCACAGUUUCCGGCGGUGUAAGAUAAACAGAAGUUUGACAUUGGCUGCAUGAAAAGGUGUUAAACACACACACCGUGCCGUUAACAAUGGCUUCGCUUACUUUAAAUUCCCUAAAACAUGUAAUGAGAGCUAUGGUGGAUAGCCCAGGCUUCGACAGGGUACUUAGCAAGGUGGACAUUUUGUCUGCCAGCCCCGGUAAAGUGGUGUGUGAGAUGCGGGUAGAAGAAGAGCACACAAACCGGGGAGGGACGCUGCACGGCGGGCUAACAGCCACACUGGUUGAUGUCGUCUCCACCAUGGCUAUCAUGUACAGUGAGAGGGGGGCACCGGGGGUCAGCGUGGAUAUGAAUAUAACGUACAUGAACGCUGCCAAGAUGGGAGAAGACGUUCUCAUCACCGCUCAGGUUCUGAAACAGGGACGGAGUCUGGCGUUUGCCACAGUGGACCUCACCAACAAGGUUACAGGGAAGAUCAUCGCACAAGGAAGACAUACCAAACAUCUUGGCAGCAGCUGAAGCUUCUCCACUCUGUAUCUGUCUGUACUGUCAAAGCAAGAGUGAAGAUGUAAACAGCUUCUCUCUGUCUGUAAAUAAGUUUGUAAUAACAGGAAUCAGUACUUCAGUGGUGGGUGUCACAACGCUUGUGCUACAUGCUGGUGGUUACUUGAUGUUUAUUUCCUGCUGUUAAAUAUUUGCCAAUAACUGUUAAAUUGACACCAGUGGUUAUUGUAUGAUCAGAGCCCCUCGUGAUUGAAAGACUGUAUCAAUGAUUCGUGCGCAUGCAAUAAAAGCAAAUGGACAAAGAGUGAUGCUUUCAGAAUUUGCACUGUAUUGGGAUAUGCUCAGCAGUAUUGAUUUGAGAACCAACAGAGAAAAAACUCCAGAAGUUACACGCCUUACAUCCUUUUAAAGUGAACACACUGAAUCAACAAGGAGCAAAAUUAUAUGUGCGUAAUAUUCUUUGACAAGCAAGCCUGCAAAACCCAAUUUAAUUUGAUGAGCAUGGUGGCAAAUCAUCUAACUUUUAGUAGGUCAAAUAAAAACAGAA